AUGGCUAUUCUCCUGCAAGACCCCAGCGUCGCCGCGUCCCCGAUCGAGAAGAAGGUCGCCUUCCUGCAAGCAAAGAACCUGACCCAGGAAGAGGUAAACGCUGCCCUCGCUCGCGUCGGUGCUGGCGUAGCGCCGCCACAAGCAUACACAUCCCAGGCCGUAGUCCCAGCACAACAGCAACAACAACAACAACACCAACCACCCCAACAGUACUACGGGCAGCAAUACCCCCCACAGCAGCAAUACCCCCCAUACGGAUGGCAACCACAACCACAGCAGCAAACUGUCCCACCUCGGCGUGAUUGGCGUGACUGGUUCAUAAUGGCUACCGUCGUCAGCGGCGUCUCCUACGGCCUCUUCUCCCUAGGGAAGCGCUACGUCUACCCCCUCAUCGCCCCCCCAACCCCCGAACGGCUGGAGCGAGACAAGAAAUCCAUCGACGAGCAAUUCGAAAAGACGUUUGCUUUGGUGGAGCAGCUGGCCAAAGACACGGAAGCCCUCAAGGCCGCCGAGACGGAACGCACCGAAAAGCUCGACACGGCCCUCAACGAACUCGAGACGGUUAUCGGAGACCUCAAGUCGGCCAACCGCCGCCGCGACGACGAGGCGCAGCGGGUUAGGGAUGACGUCCAGAGCCUCAAGGACUCGAUCCCCCGCGCGUUGAACAACCAAAAGGACCUCACUGACACCAGGCUGAGGGAGGUCAAUGCUGAGCUCAAGAGCUUGAAGACGUUGAUCACGCAGCGGAUGAACCCGACUGCCACUUCGACCAGUGUGAAUAAUUAUCUUCGCCCGUCCACCGGCGGAACCACUCCUGCUGCUAGCCCGGCUGCUGUGACGCCCGUGGCCCCGGCUACGGUUGAGAAUGGGGAUGAGGCUCCCAAGACUACGACGUAUUCGGAUUAUUUGACUGGUAACCACAACCGGACCGGUUCCGCUUCUGCCUCGUCGCCUUUUAACAGCGGGAUGACGGCCAAGGCGUCGAUUCCGGCUUGGCAAAUGAUGGCUUCGAAGAAGGGUGCUGCUGCUGCGGCGGCGGGGCCGUCGUCGUCGUCGUCGACGGAGGGUGGUGAGGCGGCGGCGGGGAGCAGUGGGAACAGCACUGAUACCCCUGCUGCGAGCUCAUAG